AUGCGGCUGCAAGCAUUUGUCACGACCCGUCGCUUGUUCAGCUCUAGACGGCCGUCCAAUCGCUUCCCGCUGCUUGCAACUGCUCUCGAAGCCUUUUACAAGCAAUACAAUCACUUUGUCGUGCCUUACCACUUUCAGGUGCCACCGGAAGAUCCUUUCAAGGCCAGCGACUCCUUCGUUUGGCCGGAAGAUACGCGUGGAUUCCACUUGGGCCGCCAAAUCCGCAAGUUUGUGGGCAUUUCGAGUCGUGAGGAAGAGUCAACGGACCUUAUGGCUGUGCGAGAGCAAUUGGACGCUGUUGGGUUUCCUGCUAUUCGCGACUGGAGACGCUUCCAGUGGGAACAAGUGUCACUCUCAGCUUUGACCAGGUACAAGGAGAUUGAGGGCAAUCUGCUGGUACCUCGUAAGUUUGUGGUACCUACUGGAGAUCCACAGUGGCCGAGAGCUACGUGGGGACUAAGACUGGGCUCUCACGUAAAUUACUUACGUCGACGCCGAGACACAAUGACGAUGUAUCAGAUUCAGGACCUCGACAAGAUUGAGUUCGUGUGGGUUGUCGCAGACUACGCUUGGAACGUGCUUUUCAUGCCAGCAUUACGACAAUUUCGUCAACUGUACGGUCACUGCGAUGUGCCACAGAACUACGUGGCUGGUGUCAGUAGUGACAGUGGAACAGAAGGCUGGCACUCGUGGGCAAAGGAACUCACAGGCUAUCGUCUAGGAGCGACGGUGAACCGCAUUCGAUCGAAUUCGGCAUUUCUACACUUCAUGGAGCGCGACAAGAACGAGCUGGAGCAGUUGGGCUUCUACCUGAAUAGUCAUGACCGUACAUGGACAGAAACGAUCUUGCCUGCAUUCAAGACGUACUUCUGUAUCUACGGCAACUGCGACAUCGACACAAGCUUUAUCGUACCGGAAGAAGAGUCGUGGCCACCGUCGGCGUGGAAUCUUCGCCUUGGCUUUAUUGUGCGAAAUAUCCGGAACCGCGGUGAUUACUUUUUGCAAAUUGCGCAAGACCUUGGAGCACUAGAGGAGAUCGGGUUUGUGUGGAACGUAGCUGCUGCCAAGUGGGAGCACGCGGUGUUACCUGCUUUACACACGUAA